UUUGAAAAUGUGAUUAGAUACAUUCAAUUCCGGAAAAAAUUAUAUAACAUGAUAGCAAAGUGUAUAAACGCCUGUUUAUAUACCUAAUACGGAAAAUAUAGCUUUUGGUAUGUGUUUAAAUAAGUAUUUUUGUUGAAUAAUAAAUCUGUAUCCUUCCCAAUAACAAAAGAGGAAUUGCCAAUGCGGCCUUUGUGCCAAUUCUAGUGAACAAAAGACAUUCCCAAUGCUAACAACAAACAACUGGAAAGACCUCGCCAGAAGGCUGGUUACUAUGGAGAUGGUAGCUUGUUAGGUUACUUUCCACUGUCCGCCGGAAGCCGACUCCAUUUGAGAUAGUACACGCGGUUAUCGAUUAGAUUCGUUGCAAAAAAGGCACCUUGUUCUGGAAUAAAACGCAGUACGUAGGCAGUUACCCAUUCCGACACAUAAUUGCCAACGUUUAGGGAACACAACAAACUGCUGCCUCCUUCUGUAUGGAAUAGAAGUAAGGCUUUGAGGUUCCAACACAAUGGUUUGAGCACGAUGGCGUUCCUACGGGCAUAAGCAAAAAUCCGAUAAUAUGAAUCAAACUUCAAACUCCCUCCCUAGAGGUUACCAUCGGAAUUGGGCGCAAACUGGAGCGCCAACAAUGGGAGGCGUCAGCUUUUCUUUCCGUUUCAGAACGGUGGAAAAUUGUGAACGCGUUUUUCUUCAACAUCGGAGCGUCGUGCUGAUAACGUGCAAUUUUGUGACGGCAGCCCGUAGUUCAAUGCAAAACAGUUUUCAGAACAUGCCAAAACAUCACACUCCCCACUCUCCAGUACAUCAUCACCAUCAUCCACCUCCACCAUCCUGCAAUGAUCAUCUGGCACACUCGAUCGAUCUGGCCACAACGCUCCGGAGCGAGUUGGCCGCGUCGACAUACAAGCGAGACAGGCUUAUGGCAGAACUGUCGGACGUGAAGAGCUCGCUGUGUUCUAAAGAAAGUGAGUGUGAAUCUUUGCGUGCCCAAAGUGCUCGCCAGACGUCAUUGAUCGGUUCCUUGCAACAACGACUGGCAGCGGCCGAGCAGCGGGAAAAGACACUUCACAGCCGAAGUGAAACGGUCAUGCACACACUGCACCGCGACAAGAGCCACCUAGAGGAUAAGAUCAAGGAACUAAGCGGAAAGCUGCACCGUUUGCAGUGUGAGCUAACGAAGGAGGAAGGGUUGCGCGACCAGGCACGUUGCCAGCUGCAGGAUCUGGUGCGACGACUCUGUCUGUUGCUGGGGGUGGAUGUGUGCGACGGUGCUCAUCUGACGCCAGAAUGUGUGCUUGCCAAGACGGGCGAAACGGUGUCGGAAGUGCAGAGACUGCGGGCAAAGUUGGCCGGUACCUGUGAGAACCUAUCCUCGACCGAAUCGGAGCUGUUGAGUACGAAGGCGGCUGCUUCGGCGGAGAAGACUCGUCUUCACACACAGAUCGAGGGUCUGCAGUCACUGGCGCAGAGUUUAGAGGGACGGUGUCGACAGGCAGAACGUGAUCUGCAGGUGACGCGCGAUCGGUUGGCUGAAUGUGAAGUUACCGGUGAUAAACUGAGAGAGGAAUUGAGAGGAUUUGAGUCACGCUGCUGCAGAUUGCAGAAUAGCUAUGAUCGGUUGCAGACGGAGCGCUUGCAGUUCCUGCGUACGAUUGCAACGAUCGUAGGAGUCAGCGAACCAUGUGAGAAUAACCUCCGGGACAAAAUCCGGGACCUGACCAAUCAUAGCCAGGCAUUGCAUGAUCAAGUUUCCCAGCUUCGUGAACAACACCACCAGGAAGCUGCUAAGCAUCGCGAACACCAGGAAGCUAGUGCCUGCCGAUUGAAGGGGGAGGAGCAGCACCGGAUGAAUCUGGAGGAUCGGCUCGAGAAAGCGUGCCACGAACUGCAACACUUCCGAUCGGAACACACGACGCUGAGCGAGUACCUAUUACGGUUGGCGAGAGCACUCUGCUGGAGUGAAUGCACGGAACCACCGGCACCGGGCAGUGACACAACGAUCCUCAGCGAAACGUUGCUCGAACGUGCGGAGCGUCUGGCAAACCAUCACGAGCAUCAUAUCCACGGCACGGGUGAUAAGAGCUGCUGGGAGGCUAUCAACCAUAACCAUCAUCACCAUCAUCACACCUCGCUUUCCCAUUCGGCGUCAAAAAUACGCCGCGAGCGUUCCUGCACCGAUCUACCACUGAAGGAAAGCUCUACCCUGUACCAUAUGCAGCGCAAGGUGCGCGUACUUAAGGAACAGAUCCAGCGACGCGAUCUUCAUCUUGAGCUGCUGCGGCGCAAGAUUGCCCUGCUGGAGGAUAACGCAAGGGGGAAAGCCACAUUACAAACCGAGCGGGACGAGGCUAUGCACAAGGCAAGGAAGAACUCGAAGCAAGCCGAACGAACCACCCAGCAGUUGGCGGAAGUGAAGGCCCAGCUGGCGGAAGUGAAGCACCAGCUGACAGAAGCUUCCGAGUACAAGAUUACUGCCCUCGAGCGGGCCCGCAAGUGUGACGAGCUGCAAGCUCGGUUGUGCGAUCUCGAAACGGAACGGGAGCGGCUGGUUGGGCAGUUGGCCUCGUAUAAAUCGCGUGCCCGAUCCGCGGUGGAAACUUCACACGAUCGCCGUGUGCGCGACGAGCAUGCAAUGUCGCAUCUUCGGGAGGAGCUGUCGCGUGUGAAAUUGCAGCUGGCCGACACAAACCACCGACUGUCGCAGCUGCAGGUCUUCCGCACCUCGGUCGCGAAGCUGCUGCACGUCUCGGACUGUGCCGAUUCGGAAAUUCUGCAGAAGCUGCAAUCGGUGUGCAGCGACCACGGUCACCAUCACCGUCAUCAUCGGCACCACAGUGCGUCGAAUCUAUCCAACCGCCGGUACGAUUCCUCCCCACCAUCGGGUGAGGCGCACGUGUCCCGGUACGAUGACAUAUUGACGGGAGGCGGAUCUGGUGCUACCGGAUCGCAAUCGAUCGGUUGUCGUCCGCUUAGCUCCAGCCCGGUUCACAAUCGACGCUACAUUGAUUCGGGAUUUAAUGAUCACGAUCAUCACUUUGAGGAUGAUUUUGAUUUUCAUAAAAAAUAUUAGUUCACUGCCGAGGCAGAAUCCUGGCCACCACCCAAACAUCACAGCGUGUAUUCGACGACAGAACGGAGUUGUUCACUGCCAGCGAAAAUAGAAGUUUUCGAAAAGAGCGUUUUUGGAUGGAUUACAAAGAAAUACAGCAAAAGUUAUACUGUUUGGCAAGAUUA